AUGGCCGUAGUAAAGGUCAAGGUAAAGCGACGUCGACCAGAAGUGUCGUUCAUUCUUGGAGGUAUUCUGGAAGCGAGAAUAUAUAAGGAGAAGGAACUCCCUGCUGGACCAUCCUCUGCAUGUGAGCAAGAAGAUCAGAAAUACUGCGAUAAGAUGCGGAGACCGAUCAUGAGGCCGAGGAGGAUUGAAAGCAUCGCGAUUGACUGGCUACUUUCGGCUGCCAGUUUUGGCUGA